AUGCUGCUGGAGAGUUUUAUCGUCGAUGUUGUUUUGUUGACAGAGACGGAAGGCAUUGAUAAGCAAGCAAGCAACUUGCCCACAGAACAAGCAAAUCGUGGUGGAGCGACCCACAAUCAAGACCGUCAGAAGCGGCCUGGCCAAUCACAUACAAGUUUGGCAGGGACCAGGUCGAAUCUUUCCGCGUGGCCGAGGACGGACCCGUUGGCAACCGCAACCGUCAAGAACGAAGCCGAAACUCGAACCCGCCGUGCACGAUUCAGGAGACGGAACCACCAGGCAAAAAUUAACGACAAGAUCAAGUUCCAACAAAGUCGCGAUGCGAUGACAAUGAGCACCCCGCUGACUUUGCAGCCCGCGAAGCCAUCUGAGCCCAGAAGAUGCUAG